AUGAAGGAUGCGGACGACUCUGAAGAAGUUAAAGAGGAACAAGCCAAAGGGACAAAGAAAGGCCGAAAGAGUUCUGAGCCCGCAGCGACAGAGAAUGACGACGACAAACCUACGAAGAACAAAUUUGCCGGCAUCCUGUCCAAGUUUGAGAGGUCGAAGAAAGCACGGGAGCUGGAAAAGACAAGAGAAAGCACGAAGGAUGAAGAUUCCACUGAGCCAACGACAGCAGAGCCAGUUAUAGCACAAGGUCUGGAGCCGUUACCACAACCAGAGGCAGCGCCUGAGCAGGAUGAGAUGCCAACUUACUCCUCGCUGCCGCCGUGGCUGGCCAAUCCCCUCCGUGCAUCGGCUCAGGAACGACGCAAAUUCGCCGAUUUAGGAAUCGACUCUAGCCUCCUCCGAGUUCUGGAAGACAACGGCUAUCGUGAAGCAUUUGCCGUGCAGUCAACCGUCAUUCCUCUCCUCCUGCAAGGACCUACGAACCACCCAGGAGACCUUUGCAUCUCCGCUGCUACUGGUUCAGGAAAAACUUUGUCCUACGUUCUACCAUUGGUCACGGCCUUGAAGCCGCUCCCUGCGCCUCGGUUACGAGGACUCAUCGUGGUACCUACUCGAGAGCUGGUGAAGCAGGCCAGAGAAGCUUGUGAACUCUGUGCCGCUGGAUCCGGCCUCCGCGUCGCGUCGGCAGUUGGAAACGUUGCGAUCAAAGACGAGCAGCGCGAGUCUCUGCCAGGCUACGUUCACCGGUCAGAGCCUAAUGUCGACAUCUUAAUCUGUACUCCCGGUCGUCUGGUCGAUCAUCUUCGCUAUACCAAAGGUUUCACUCUUAAGAAUCUCGAAUGGCUUGUCAUUGACGAGGCAGAUCGACUACUAAAUGAAAGUUUCCAGGAAUGGGUGGACGUCGUGAUGACCUCCCUGGACGCCCGGAAAGCCCCUGAUGCAUUCGGGUUUAGUGGAAACUUUCUGUCCGGGCUUGGCUUGCCGAUCCAAAGCAAGGAACCAAGGAAAGUCGUUUUGAGUGCCACUAUGACUAGAGAUGUGACGAAGCUUAACUCUCUGCGUCUUGCGAACCCCAAGCUAGUCGUCAUCGGCUCCGAUGCCGCUGCAACAGAAGAUGAGAGCGGUGGCGUUGCACCGUCAGACGAACAGUUUACGCUCCCGCCUACCCUAGAGGAGCACACCGUAUCGGUUGGAGAUGGGUCGCAGAAGCCGCUUUAUCUCCUGCGCCUUCUGCUGUCCCACAUCAAGCUUGAGACUAAGAUUCUGGUCUUCACGAAGUCAUCUGAAUCCGCAUCACGACUGGCUCGCCUGUUGGCACUCCUCGAACCCUCCCUCUCUGACCGCAUUGGCACGAUCAUUAAAUCCAACAAAUCGUCCGCUUCGCGCAAGACCCUCACAGCUUACCGCCGGGGCAAGAUCUCCGUGAUUAUUGCAACGGACCGGGCCUCGCGUGGUCUAGACCUACGGUCACUGACCCAUGUUGUCAACUACGAUGUGCCAGCUAGCAUUACUACCUACGUGCACCGAGUUGGUCGUACAGCUCGAGCUGGUCAGAAAGGAUCGGCAUGGACGCUUGUGGCACACCGAGAGGGCAAGUGGUUCGCAAGCCAGAUCGCCAAGGGCUCGGAUGGAAAGAUCACUCGGUCCACCAAGGUUGGAAAGGUGCAAUUCAAAUUGGACAAUAUGAAGGAGGUCAAGGCACGCUAUGCAUCUGCAUUGGACCUGCUGGAGAAGGAAGUGAAGACGGGUGGGACUAAGGCCUCCAAGCCCAGCGCACAAUGA